AUAUACCAUGAAAUAUUCCAAAACAUAAUAUCCAAACACUAAACCAAUCUCCUAACAACAACAAAAAAUGCAGGGAGCUUUGUCUAUCAAACCAACCAUUCUUCCUCUUUCUUCACCACUUUUUUCUCCAAAGCUAACUCUUCUUCUUCCUCAGACCAUCACCAACACUAAAGCUUCAAGACUCUCAUCUCUGAGACCAAACACAUCAUCUCCUACAACCUCUGAUCCUCUCACCGUUGACUAUGACUCCCUCCUUUCUGUUUUCCCAGCCGAAGCAUGUGAAGUGAUCAGCGGAUAUGCAUGUUCAGCUGACAUUUCCCCUGAAGUCAAGCUUGAAACAAAGCCCAUCUCCCGUCCCGUGACUUCAGAGAACGUAGACCGAGAAUACCUAGAGUAUAACACCCCGAAAACGGUUUUCGUUGCAGAGGCAUGCGAUGAACUUCGAGGAGAGUUCUGCGAACCUGACUAUCAAAAAGAUGUCUACUAGAA